AUGUCCAACAUUGACGAAUCAAAAUUAUCACCACAAGAAUUAAAAUUAUAUAAAUUAUAUGGUAAAUUACCAACAAAAAAUGAAGUUUUAACAAAUAAAUUACAAGAACGUAAAUAUUUUGAUUCUGGUGAUUAUGCUUUAAAUCAAGCUGGUGUUAAAGAUAUAAAUACAAAAUUAUCAAAUAAACAUUUAAAUCCUCAAGAAAUUUUAAGAAUUAAUAGAAAUUCUGUUAGUGGUACAAGUCCUGGUAAAUCAUCAUUAGAAAAUGAAGCAAAAUUAGAUGAGAAAUGA